ACCUCUCCAAGAGCUAUGCCUAUAAUAACCCUGCAACUGCAACGCUUUUCCUCACUCACAGUCACACACUCUCUCCAAUCAUGCCACGUUCUCCUCCCAUUUUAAAUUAAAAACAACCACCAUCGCCAUCGUUCCUCCCUUCCCACACACCAUAACAUUAACAUGAAAAGGCUUUCUCUCUCUCCCAUAAACCCCGCACUGGCCUUAACCUUGGCCUUGGCCCUGUCCCUGUCCAUCCUCUGCGUCGCAGAGGGAGCAUACCAGAAUGAUACACACGCCCUCACCCAAUUCCGCCUCCAAACCGACACCCACGGCAACCUCCUCCCCAACUGGACCACCGCCGACGCCUGCUCCGCGGCAUGGCGCGGCGUCGAAUGCUCCCCAAACGGCAGAGUGGUGGGCCUCUCCCUCCCUUCACUUAACCUCCGCGGCCCAAUUGAUUCUCUUUCCUCACUCACGUACCUCCGCUUCCUCGACCUCCACGAAAACCGCUUAAACGGCACCGUGUCGCCUCUCUUGAACUGCACCAGCCUCGAACUCCUGUACCUCGCCGGCAACGACUUCUCCGGGGAGAUCCCACCGGAGAUAUCCUCCCUCAGGCUGCUCCUCCGCCUUGACAUAUCCGACAACAACAUACGAGGCCCCAUACCCGACGAACUCGCUAAACUAACCCACCUCCUCACGCUCCGGUUGCAGAACAACGCUCUCUCCGGCCACGUCCCCGACCUCUCCACUUCCCUCCACAACCUCACCGAACUCAACGUCACCAACAACGAACUCCGCGGCCACGUCCCCGAUUCCAUGCUCACCCAAUUCGGCAACGCAACCUUCGCCGGAAACCACGCCCUCUGCGGCUCCACGCCCUUACCCAAAUGCCCCACCAACGAAACAGAGUCACCGACUCCUCGUGUAACCGUUCCUUCGCUCCCGCAAACAACGGGAGUUUCUGUAACUGCAAGUGAUACUCCGAGAAAGAAAGGGAUGAGCGCGGGUGUCAUCGUGGCGAUCGUGGUGGCGGUCUGCGUGGCGGUGCUGGUGGCGGCGUCGUUCGCGGUGGCGCACUGCUGCGCCAGGGGAGGUGGCUCCGGGUCGGUGGUGGGGAGCGAGAGUGGGAAGAGGAAGAGCGGGAGCAGCUCCGGGAGCGAGAAGAAAGUAUAUGGGAAUGGCGCAAAUGUGGAUAGAGAUAGCGAUGGGACGAACACGGAUGCAGAACGAAGCAAGCUUGUGUUUUUCGAUAGGAGGAACCAGUUUGAGUUGGAGGAUCUUCUUCGGGCUUCGGCGGAGAUGCUGGGGAAGGGAAGCUUGGGAACGGUUUACAGAGCGGUGUUGGACGACGGUUGCACCGUGGCUGUGAAGAGACUGAAAGACGCUAACCCCUGCGAGAGGAACGAGUUUGAACAGUACAUGGACGUUGUAGGGAAGCUGAAGCACCCCAACAUUGUGAGGCUGAGAGCUUAUUAUUACGCCAAGGAAGAAAAACUUCUGGUGUACGAUUAUCUCCCCAAUGGAAGCUUGCAUAACCUUCUCCAUGGGAACAGGGGACCAGGGAGGAUCCCGUUGGAUUGGACGACGAGAAUAAGCUUGGUGUUAGGAGCGGCGAAGGGGUUGGCUCGAAUUCACGCGGAGUACAACGCAUCCAAGAUACCUCACGGGAACGUCAAGGCUUCGAACGUGCUUCUGGACAAGAACGGGGUUGCUUGCGUUUCAGACUUUGGGCUAUCGCUGUUGUUGAAUCCCGUUCACGCGAUAGCCAGGUUGGGGGGGUACAGGGCGCCGGAGCAGGUGGAGGUGAAGAGGCUCUCGCAGGAGGCUGACGUGUACGCCUUCGGGGUGUUGGUGUUGGAGGUGGUGACGGGGAGGGCGCCGUCGGAGCAGGGUGGCAUGGAUCUCCCGACGUGGGUGCGGUCGGUGGUGAAGGAGGAGCUGUUCGAUGAGGAGCUGCUGAGGUACAAGAAUAUCGAGGAGGAGUUGGUGGCGAUGGUGCAGGUGGGGCUGGCGUGCGUGGUGGCGCAGGCCAAGAAGAGGCCGACCAUGUUGGAGGUUGUGAAGAUGAUUGAGGAUUUGAGGGUCGGAGAGGAUUAUGAUGAGUCCCGCUCCCGCAACUCGCUCUCGCCUUCCCUCGCCACCACCGAUGACGGCGUCGCUUAGUUUCAUUCUCUGCAUGUUACUUUUUGACCAAAGUAGGGUUGUAUGGGAAGUCAUUUACGUAAAUGGUGCUGUCUCAAAAUUAUUUA